UCUUAUGAGGGCAGAAAUUCACAGUGGAUUCGACAUCUUUUCGCCCAAUUCUCGAGAAAAUCCGUACAAAUUGCAAAUCGUCACAUGCAUGGGAAAGACAUUUUCCCGCCAGUAGACUUUUUGGCGCCUGGAAGUUCGUGGAGACUGGAAGUAUUUCCAGCUGUCACACUGUAAAAAAUUCAUGUAAAUCGAUUGUUUUGAUUGUGAAAUGCAGGAGAUUUGAGGAAAAUUACGCAAAAAGUCAUGGAUUUGCUGUAUUACCUGGAAUUGUGUGCAAAUCCCAUUCGUUUUGAUCCCGUGAGUCACCUGACAAAUGUGUUCUUCGACGAUUCCAACAAACAGGUCUUCGCCGUGCGAUCGGGCGGAGCAACGGGGAUUGUGGUCAAAGGACCUGCAGACGCCGUGCACACGUUCUGUAUGGACGACAGAGGUCCAAUUCGAUCGAUAAAGUUCUCGCCGGACAUGAAGAUUCUUGCCAUUCAGCGGACUGAUGUUUGUGUGGAGUUCAUCAACUUCGCCAAUGGCUCGCCCAUUCCCAAUGAGAUGCUGCAGUUCCGGGGUAAGAGUGCCCAGAUCUUCGGCUUCGUGUGGAUCAGCACGAAGGAGGUGGCAAUGAUAUCGAAUGCAGGCGUCGAACUGUGCCAAAUCCACUUUGAUCGCAGACAAAUCAAGUCCGUGAAGAGCAUGAACACGACUGUGAACUGGUUCGCGUGGUGUCCUCACGGGAACUUCGCCCUGCUCGCGUCGGGUGGCGGAAGCGUGCUGAUGCCAGUGCUGGUGAAGCAGGGCAUCAUCACUAAACUGCCCAGACUGGAGUUGAGUAGCGACAGAAGCGUUCCUGAGAGAGACUGCACGUUGGCGGUGAUCUAUGGAACACCUGCAAUCCUGAUUCUGCAGCCCACGAGCAGCAGACUCGUGGAAGUGGUGAUCUACAUGCUGAACGGCCCAGGAUUGUCGCCUAGGAAGUGUCACGUGCUGCGUUUAGGGCAUUCCGGGCGCUUUGCAAUCAACAUCAUCGAUGAUCUGGUGAUUGUGCAUCAUCAGGCCACCGCCACGUCGCUGCUCUUCGAUGUGGCGCAGCCUGGAGAGUUGGAUCCCAUCAGCAAGGUGAUCUACCACCAUUCCAUCAUCCCUGGCAAACCACUGAGGCCUUUCUCGCUGAAGAUGCCCAGCAUUUCCCUCGAAGGGGAAACAGUCAACUGCACGCUUUACUCGCCGGAUUGGGUGCUCUUCCAGCCCAACAUUGUUAUAGACGCCAAAUUGGGGUGCUUCUGGUAUGUGGAGCUGAAGCUUGAGCCUCUCUGCACGCUCAUCACAAACCGAGUGGCUCUAGUUGAAUUUCUGCUGCAGCGAACGGAGGGGAAAUCGCAUCUUCUGGCCGUUCUGCGAGAGCUUCUUGGGGAGAAUUAUCGAGGAACCUUGCUGCCCAUCAUUGCAAAUGUCUUUGACAAGAUCAAUAGUGUCUAUAAGACGUGGAUUGAUGUUGAGCUGCAGAAUCAAACCGCCACGCCGUCUUCAGCGAAGCCUGUGCCGAAGUCAACAGUGGCACCGCGAGUGCUGGUGGAUCAAGCAGAUAUGCACUCUCAAGUCUUGUCCUCAAUUGCAGACACUGAACAGAUCGGCAAGAUCCUGAUGCUCUACCUCCAAUCGCUCACAAUCCAUGGCAUCGCCGCUCAGCACGAUCUCAGCAAGAUGAUUGUCUGUGAGCUGAUCAAUGGCAAUCUCGUGGCGACGCUGCAACAAAUUGUGGCGCAUUCUCUGAUCAGUGAGUCAAAGCCUUUGGCUUGUUUCCUCCUUUCGCUCUCCAAGAUCCAUCCCACAAUCGGCCAGAUCGCCCUCGACAUGCUGGCGAAGCUGAACGCCAACGAGAUUAUCAUCGAAGUUCUUUUGGGGCAGGGAAAAGUGAUUGACGCGCUGCGCCUGGCGAAAACCCUUCCGGACGUGGAUGUGCUGCCGGCCAGGAAGUUUCUGGAGGCGGCGAUGAAGACUGGCGAUUCAGGCAUCUUCCACUCCGUCUACAUGCACUUUGUCCAAAGAAAUAUACGACUCAGGGGCGGACCGGAGUUUACCAGAGGCGAACUCUGUGGCGAGUAUGUUCAGCACUAUUUGAAGCUGUUCUGUACCAAAUCAUCCAAUUAAGAGACGAUUCAAAAGGACAAGCGGCAAUUGUGAUAUCCAAAUAUGCGUUGAAUAAAUUAUAAUAUAUUUUCCCGAAAAGCAUUGAUGGAAAACUGGUAAGUCCCUCCAGAACUUUCUUCUUCGUCUUUAGAAAGUAAUAUUCUGUUGCUGUUUAUGAGUAAGUGAAACAAUAUCUGAAAUAAUCAAAGAUUGGUCGAAUUUAUUUCUAAAAACUUCUACAUUUUCGCUCUAUAUGACACUUUUUAUUACACAUAUUUCUGAUUCUGCUUUUCC